AUGGGGGAUAGGAGGGUUCUACUUGUUGCAUCUCCUGAGGUAGCAAUCUUUGGUUACGAUGGAGUUGUCUCAUUUGCAAGUGUUCAGGAUACCGUGGAUGCUGUUCCACUGAACAACCAAGUGCGCACCAUCAUCAGGAUUGGUCCUGGUGUGCAUCGGCAGCAAGUGCACAUUCCCAAGACCAAGAACUUCAUCACCUUGUGUGGAUCCCCAAUAAAGGACACAGUGAUCUGUUGGGACAACACGACUACUCGCAUCAAGUAUACUCAGUCAUCACAAGAUAUUGGCACAGGAACACUAAACAGUGCAACAGUUAUUGUGGAGGGGGAUGAUUUCAUUGUAGAGAAUGUUAUUUUUAAGAACUCAGCUCCCCAGGUGUCUGGGCAGCAGCAGCAGUACUUGGCUCUAUCAGUUCAUUAUUUGUGGUAUUCUAAUUUGCUUUGCAAAAUCAUUCAGGAAACUUUACAUUUGCAUGAUGGAAAGCAGUUCUUGAAAAACUGUUACAUUGAAGGUAAUUAUGACUUUAUCUUUGGAGAUUCUACUGCCCUUCUGGAGCAUUGCCAUAUCCACUGCAAAUCGGCAGGAUAUAUUACUGCUCAUGGCCGGAAAUCCUCCUCAGAAUCAACUGGAUUCGUAUUCUUCAAGUGCUCCGGUCCAGGAUCCAGCAUAUCGGAACGGGUACCUUGGUGCAAAGAAUUGUUCGGUGAUGAAGCUAUACCGUUCCUUAUACAAACUUUCAUUGAUCCAGAUAUCGAGAAUCCAUGGUUGGUCCACAGGUUGGGAACUCAAGUCCCAGUUUCAGCGUCUUCACCGUAG